AUUUCCAAUGGAGGAGUCAUCCCUGUGCGCCCAGAGGCAAUCUUUAAAGCAGUCAAAUCGCUUCAUUAAUAGGUGAGAAUGAUGCCAAACCGAGGGGGCUUCGGCGAAGAAUUGCAAAAUGCUUGCUAUACAUUCCAUUUAUUCGUCCCCUGAUUCCAAAACACCAGAUUAUUCGCAGUCCCAAAAAUUCUGCGGCUCAGUAGAGGGCUUCAUCGAUUUCUGUGAACAAAAUCCAUUUCCAAGAUUUCAAAAUGAAGAAAAUGGUGUUAAAAGUGACAAUUGAGGACGAGAAGAGCAAGAGAAAGGCCUUCAAGGUUGUUGCAGGGGUGGAAGGGGUGGAUUCUGUGGCUGUGGACAUGAAGGAAAAAAAGAUCACUGUAAUUGGGGAUGCAGACCCUGUGAAUGUUACAGCAAAGCUCAGGAAAUCCGGUUUUGGCUUUGCAGAUUUGCUGAGCGUGGGGCCUGCAAAGGAGGAGAAGAAAGAAGAGAAGAAAGAUAAGAGGAAAGAAGAAACAAAAGUUGAGAGUCCAAAGAUUGUGUUUAUCGAAAAGCCUUAUGGUUAUGGUUUUGGGGGUGAGGAGAAUCCUAACGCCUGCGGCUGCACAAUCUGCUGAAACCUCUGUAUCUCAAUGCCCUGUGCUUGCAACUUCACUGGUUUUGUAAUUUACAUGAUUUGCUGUCAUGGUUACCUUAGGGGUCUCACAGUAAAAGAUAUAUUUGGGGAAAGGAUGAUAUAUUAGAAGAAUCUUCUAGUAUAGUGUAUUUUAAUAAUUGGGAG